AUGACUGUGAUUCGCGCCUUCCUGGUGUUUCUCUGCACGUUUCUAGUCGCCUUGCACCUUCCCGCCGUGACGGCGGACAUCGGGAACCCCAUUUUUGCCGCAACUCUCGGGCAUGGCGAACUCGGCGCGCCGGGCGGAAAGGCGCUGAUCGCGGAAGACGUUCGCGAGAACGCGGAUGUGAGGGCGAUCCGUUAUAGCAUCCGUGCUCUCAUGGAUGAGCGCGAGGAGGAGGAGUCGCCCCAGGCGCGGGCUGUUCGCGUUCUGGCCGCGGGGGACGCAAUGCUCUCCGCGCCGCUGCAGGGGGGAGGCGCGGAUGCUGACGUGGCAGCGGAAGAGCCGAGGAGGAGCAAGAAUGGCGGGAAGAAGGGCGGGAGGAAGGGCGGAAAGAAGGGGGGGAAAAAGGGUGGGACGAAGGGUGGAAAUACGAGGAAGGACGAGGGGCAUACGGGGAAGGAUGAUGAUAAUAAGAGGAAGGAUGCGGAGAAUAAGCGGAAGGAUGAGGUGAAUAAGCAAAAGGAUGAGGAGAAUAAGAGGAAGGAUGCUUUUAACAAGCAAAAGGACCAGGAGAAUAAGCGGAAGGAUGCGACAUGGCACGCGUUCACCUGCCUGCCUGCUGCCCUCCUAUCACCCCUCACCACCCCUCACCACCCCUCCUCACCACCCCCCUUCAGCACCCCCCUGACCCUUCAUGCCCCCACCCCCCUGGCUCUCAUAUCACAGCAGGGCAGCGCAUGGCAGUGGCUGUGGGGCGAGUUCAGCUGCCUUCCUGCUGCUCUCGUCUCACCCCUCCUCCUCACCAACCCCCCUGGGUCCCUCCCUUUGACCCAACCCCAGGGCAGCGCAUGGCAGUGGAUGUGGGGCGUGUUCAGCUGCUGGCCUGCCUGCCACCCCCCUUUCAUCGGUUCCCCUCACCACACCACACCGCUCUCCAUCCCUCUGCUCUCCCCUUCCUCCCCACCCAACCCAACCGCAGGGCAGCGCAGGGCAGUGGACGUGGGGCGCGUUCAGCUUCCUGCCGAUGUGCACCUGAGUGCACGUGUGGGGCGGGCAGCGGCCUCUCUGAAGGCCCUGGGACCCCUUUUCCACCAUCACAACCAACACCCCACAUGUCUGAGUGCACGUGUGGGGCGGGCAGCGGUCUCUCUGAAGGCCUUGGGGGCUCAUUGUUACCCCACCGCAACCACACCCACUCCUCUGACUCGCCCUUCUGUCUGCCCUUCUCCUUGCUGCCUCCAGGAGUGCGCGUGUGGGGCGGGCAGCAGCGGUCUCUCUGAAGGCCCUGGGGCCCCUCUGCUAUGCCGUGGCGGCUUUCAAAGCCUUUCCUAA